GAUUCGGAUUUGAGAUAUUGGUGUUUCCGUUUUUGAGGAAUAUUUCUUUUUGAAUUUUUUUUUUAAAUCAUCGGUCUUGGAAUACAGAGGAAGAACCUGAAAGACACUUGUUUUGUUUCAAGUUUGGAACACUCUUGAGGCACUCUCACACCCGGGUACACAACCAUGUGGCCAUCACAGCUACUAGUCUUCAUGAUGCUCUUAGCGCCAGUAGUUCAUGGUGGCAAGCACAGUGAGCGACAUCCAGCCGUCGCUGCUCCGCUGCGACACGCAGAGCGCAGCCCAGGAGGCGCUCUCCCUCCCAGACAUCUGCUUCAGCAGCCAUCUGCAGAGCGCGCUGCUGCUCAUCGCGGACAAGGGCCCCGUGGAACUACCAGAGGAGUUCGUGGUCCAGGUGCGCCAGGAGCCCAGAUUGCAGCCCAAGCUUUCAGCCGCGCUCCCAUUCCGAUGGCUGUGGUGCGCAGAGAGCUGUCCUGUGAGAGCUACCCCAUAGAGCUCCGCUGUCCAGGAACAGAUGUUAUCAUGAUCGAGAGCGCCAACUAUGGGAGGACCGACGACAAAAUCUGUGACUCUGACCCCGCUCAGAUGGAGAAUAUCCGAUGCUAUCUGCCUGAUGCCUAUAAGAUUAUGUCUCAAAGGUGCAAUAACAGAACCCAGUGUGCAGUGGUGGCGGGUCCUGAUGUUUUUCCAGACCCAUGUCCGGGAACCUAUAAAUACCUUGAAGUGCAGUAUGAAUGUGUUCCUUACAUUUUUCUUUGUCCCGGACUGCUCAAGGGAGUCUACCAGAGUGAACAUUUGUUCGAGUCCGACCACCAGUCUGGGGCCUGGUGCAAAGACCCCCUGCAGGCUUCUGACAAGAUUUAUUACAUGCCCUGGACACCCUACAGAACUGACACCCUGACUGAGUACUCAUCCAAGGAUGACUUCAUUGCCGGAAGGCCAACCACAACCUACAAGCUGCCCCACAGGGUGGACGGCACCGGGUUUGUCGUGUACGACGGAGCCCUGUUCUUCAAUAAAGAGCGUACUAGGAACAUAGUGAAGUUCGAUUUGCGGACUAGGAUAAAGAGCGGAGAGGCCAUCAUAGCCAAUGCCAAUUACCACGAUACCUCGCCUUACCGCUGGGGAGGCAAGUCUGACAUAGACCUGGCGGUGGAUGAGAAUGGGCUGUGGGUAAUCUAUGCAACAGAACAGAACAAUGGUAAAAUCGUCAUUAGCCAGUUGAACCCUUACACCCUACGGAUUGAAGGGACGUGGGACACUGCAUAUGACAAAAGGUCGGCUUCUAAUGCAUUUAUGAUAUGUGGGAUUCUGUAUGUGGUCAAGUCUGUAUACGAGGAUGAUGACAACGAGGCCACCGGGAAUAAGAUUGACUACAUUUACAACACCGACCAAAGUAAGGAUGGUUUGGUGGAUGUCCCCUUUCCCAAUUCCUAUCAGUACAUAGCCGCUGUGGAUUACAACCCCAGGGACAACCUUCUCUACGUCUGGAAUAACUAUCACGUCGUGAAGUAUUCUCUGGAUUUUGGACCUCUGGAUAGUAGAUCAGGACAGGCACAUCAUGGACAGGUUUCAUACAUCUCUCCACCAAUUCACCUUGACUCUGAGCUAGAACGACCCCCUGUUAGAGAAAUCUCUACCACAGGACCUCUUGGCGCGGGAAGCACCACCACCAGCACUACCCUUCGGACCACAACUUGGGGUGCAGGCAGGAGUACCACCCCCUCGGCAUCAGGAAGGAGAAACCGGAGUACCAGCAGCCCAUCUCCAGCCGUUGAGGUACUUGAUGAUAUUACCACACACCUACCAUCAGCAUCAUCCCAAGUGCCAGCUCUAGAAGAGAGCUGCGAGGCUGUGGAAGCUCGAGAAAUCAUGUGGUUUAAGACCCGUCAGGGACAGACAGCAAAGCAGCCGUGCCCCGCAGGAACCAUAGGAGUGUCAACCUACCUCUGCCUGGCUCCUGAUGGAAUCUGGGAUCCCCAAGGACCAGAUCUUAGCAACUGUUCUUCUCCUUGGGUCAACCAUAUAACCCAGAAGUUGAAAUCUGGAGAGACAGCUGCCAACAUCGCUAGAGAGCUGGCAGAACAGACAAGAAAUCAUUUGAAUGCUGGAGACAUCACUUACUCUGUCCGUGCCAUGGAUCAGCUGGUAGGGCUCCUGGAUGUACAGCUCCGGAACUUGACCCCAGGGGGAAAGGACAGUGCUGCACGCAGUUUGAACAAGCUUCAGAAAAGAGAGCGCUCUUGCAGAGCCUAUGUCCAGGCAAUGGUUGAGACAGUUAACAACCUCCUCCAGCCACAAGCCCUGAAUGCGUGGAGAGACCUGACUACAAGUGAUCAACUACGUGCAGCCACCAUGUUGCUUGACACAGUGGAGGAAAGUGCUUUUGUGCUGGCCGAUAACCUUUUGAAGACAGACAUCGUCAGGGAGAACACAGACAAUAUUCAACUGGAAGUUGCGCGGCUGAGCACGGAAGGAAACUUAGAAGAUCUGAAGUUUCCAGAAAACAUGGGUCAUGGAAGCACCAUCCAGCUUUCUGCAAAUACUCUGAAGCAAAAUGGCCGAAAUGGAGAGAUCAGAGUGGCCUUUGUCCUGUAUAACAACUUGGGUCCUUAUUUGUCCACGGAGAAUGCAAGCAUGAAGUUGGGAACAGAGGCUAUGUCCACCAACCAUUCAGUUAUUGUCAAUUCCCCAGUUAUUACAGCAGCAAUAAACAAGGAGUUCAGUAAUAAGGUUUAUUUGGCUGAUCCUGUGGUGUUCACAGUUAAACAUAUCAAGCAGUCCGAGGAAAAUUUCAAUCCUAACUGUUCAUUUUGGAGCUAUUCCAAGCGUACGAUGACAGGCUAUUGGUCAACCCAAGGCUGUCGGCUCCUGACAACCAAUAAGACACAUACUACGUGCUCCUGUAACCACCUAACCAACUUUGCAGUUCUGAUGGCACAUGUGGAAGUUAAGCACAGUGACGCAGUCCAUGACCUUCUUCUGGAUGUGAUCACCUGGGUUGGAAUUUUGCUGUCCCUUGUUUGUCUCCUGAUUUGCAUCUUCACAUUUUGCUUUUUCCGUGGGCUUCAGAGUGAUCGAAACACCAUCCACAAGAACCUCUGUAUCAGCCUUUUUGUAGCAGAACUGCUCUUCCUAAUUGGGAUCAACCGAACAGACCAACCAAUCGCCUGUGCAGUUUUUGCUGCCCUCCUGCAUUUCUUCUUCUUGGCUGCCUUCACCUGGAUGUUCCUGGAGGGAGUGCAGCUCUACAUCAUGCUGGUGGAGGUUUUUGAGAGUGAACAUUCACGUAGGAAAUACUUUUACCUGGUUGGCUAUGGGAUGCCUGCCCUCAUUGUGGCUGUGUCAGCUGCAGUAGACUACAGGAGUUAUGGAACAGAUAAAGUAUGUUGGCUCCGACUUGACACCUACUUCAUUUGGAGUUUUAUAGGACCAGCGACCUUGAUAAUUAUGCUUAAUGUAAUCUUCCUUGGGAUUGCUUUGUAUAAAAUGUUUCAUCACACUGCCAUUCUGAAACCUGAAUCUGGCUGCCUUGAUAAUAUCAAGUCAUGGGUUAUAGGUGCAAUAGCUCUUCUCUGCCUAUUAGGAUUGACCUGGGCCUUUGGACUCAUGUAUAUUAAUGAAAGCACAGUCAUCAUGGCGUAUCUCUUCACCAUUUUCAAUUCUCUACAGGGAAUGUUUAUAUUCAUUUUCCACUGUGUCCUACAAAAGAAGGUACGGAAAGAGUAUGGGAAGUGCCUGCGAACGCACUGUUGUAGUGGCAAAAGUACAGAGAGUUCCAUUGGCUCAGGGAAAACGUCUGGUUCUCGAACUCCUGGGCGCUACUCCACAGGCUCACAGAGCCGAAUUCGUAGAAUGUGGAAUGACACGGUCCGAAAGCAGUCAGAGUCUUCCUUCAUUACUGGAGAUAUAAACAGUUCAGCAUCACUCAACAGAGAGGGGCUUCUGAACAAUGCCAGGGAUACAAGUGUCAUGGAUACUCUACCACUGAAUGGUAACCAUGGCAAUAGUUACAGCAUUGCCAGCGGGGAAUACCUGAGCAACUGUGUGCAAAUCAUAGACCGUGGCUAUAACCAUAACGAGACCGCCCUAGAGAAAAAGAUUCUGAAGGAACUCACUUCCAACUAUAUCCCUUCUUACCUGAAUAACCACGAGCGCUCCAGCAGCGAACAGAACAGGAAUCUGAUGAACAAGCUGGUGAAUAACCUGGGCAGUGGGAGUGAAGAUAAUGCCAUUGUCCUGGAUGAUGCCACCUCCUUUAACCAUGAAGAGAGUCUGGGCCUGGAACUUAUUCAUGAGGAAUCAGAUGCUCCUUUGCUGCCCCCAAGAGUUUACUCCACAGAGAACCACCAGCCACACCAUUACACCAGAAGGCGGAUCCCCCAGGACCACAGUGAGAGCUUUUUCCCGUUGCUAACCAACGAGCACACAGAAGAUCUCCAGUCACCCCACAGGGACUCUCUCUACACCAGCAUGCCGGCACUGGCUGGUGUGCCUGUGGCAGAGAGCGUUACCACCAGCACCCAGACGGAACCUCCACCGGCCAAGUGUGGUGAUGCCGAAGAUGUUUACUACAAAAGCAUGCCAAACCUAGGCUCCAGAAACCACGUCCAUCAGCUGCACACCUAUUACCAGCUAGGUCGCGGUAGCAGUGACGGAUUUAUAGUUCCUCCAAACAAAGAUGGGACCCCCCCAGAAGGAAGUUCAAAAGGACCUGCUCAUUUGGUCACUAGCCUAUAGAAGAUGAGAGGACGUUAAGCCAACAAAACUGCGAACACCUGGUUGACUGUUCUGAGUUGAUAUAAGCAGUGGUAAUAAUGUGUGUACUCCUAAAUCUUUAUGCUGUUCUUGAACGACAAACACAAACUCUCAGAUUCCUUUUUUUUAAAAAAAAAAAAAAAAAACAAAACUUGGAUUUUUAGGUCAGCCCAGGGGAGACAGAUAACUGCUGAAAUCCCCCUGUGCCCUCUGCUUUCCUGUCCUUUCCCCCCUCAGAUGGAGACUUCAUUAUGUUAAUGAACGAGACACGAAGAAAAUGGCGCUCAUUGUGGCCUUGUUGAAUUAUGUUGUGUUUGUUCUAACAUCUCUGAUGCUCUGUUACCAUAAUUACAAGGACCUGAUUUUUUUUAAAGGCCAGAACGGUUGUUUGAAAUGAGUAACAAUGCUGCAUCUAGAUUGGAGUGCUGCACAAACAGAAACGCAAAGCAAACUCUAUCACAUAGUGGAUUUUAGUCACUCACAACCUGAAUUCAUCAUAGCAGGAAUAGCUGUGGUGUGCAAAAUAGAACAACAAAAUCAAUAAUGAGAUGGAGAGGAAUUCUAGAAUUAUAUGCUAAAUGCAUAUUUUAUGAUUUGCUGUAUUAACUGAUGAUAAAACUAAUGGCAGAAAAAAAAAUGAACAAUUUCUAUGUAAUGUACAGAUACUAGCAUUGCACAUGUAGUCUGCUUUCUGUUCCUCCAGAAUUUGAGUCCUGUUAAUGUAGUGGAAAAAAAAGAGACUUUCUUUUUCUUUCGUGCUGGUCUUGCAAGUUCGUCUACCAGUAGGAGAGCAAAGAUUCCUUCCUUUCUUCUUUCUUUUCUUUCUUCUUUGUU